CCACCUUUUCCCUGUCAUGGCGGCCCCCAUAGCGCGCUGUCCUUUGCCUCGCUUCUGCCGGAGGUUGUGCUUUUCACGCCGGGCUGAGCUGCGGUUCAACUCCACGGAAGCGCUGAGAGAACGGCAGGCCCCAGGCAGCGAGCCUGAUGUUGAAACUGGCACCAGAAAGAAGACGUUCAGUGAAGUCCUGGCAGAAAGACAAGAACAAGCGCAAAGGACCGUGUUAAUUAACUGUCCUUCCAAAAUCAGUGAGAAGAAACUUCUCAAGUAUUUGUCAUCUCAUGGAACUAUUAGGAAUCAUUUUUUCUAUGAAACUCAUGGUGUGUAUGCGGUUAUAGAAUUUUCUGGUUUGGACAGUAUAGCUUCGCUGCAGGAGGCCACUGGUACUCCACAGUUUGAGGAUGACUGUCCCAUUCCAUUUAAAUCUAGAAUUUUAACCUUAACAUUGAAAAAUCCACCAAGCCAAGCUUCUGAAAAGAUUCACUUCCAUAAACAGACCACUGUUCCAGUUGGAGAGCUGAUGAAUGCACUUUGUAAUUCUGACAGUGUGAGUGACCAGUUGCAAAUGCUCACAGAGAAGUAUCAGCUGACAGAAGAAAACACUAAACUUCGGUUUUUGGCUUGUUCUUUAAUUCAAGACAUUGCUGGGGCUUACUUUCCAGAUUGCAUUGUGAAACCUUUCGGCUCAUCUGUGAACACCUUUGGUAAACUAGGAUGUGAUUUAGACAUGUUUCUGGACUUGGAUGACAUCAGGAAAAAUGCAGCCAGAAGGAAAACAGGUCCUUUUAACAUUGAGUAUCAAAUGAAGAGAGUCCCUUCUCAACGAAUAGCAACACAAAGAAUCCUGUCUGUGAUUGGUGAAUUUAUUGAUAACUUUGGCCCUGGGUGUGUUAGUGUGCAAAAAAUACUUAAUGCUCGCUGCCCAUUGGUGAAAUUUUCCCAUCAGCCUUCAGGAUUUCAGUGUGACUUGACAGCUAACAAUAGAAUUGCCAUGAGAAGCACCGAACUCCUGUAUAUCUAUGGCAGCCUCGACUCACGUGUAAGAGCACUUGUGUUUGGAGUGCGGUGCUGGGCACGGACCCAUGGAAUCACAAGUAGCAUUCCUGGCCCUUGGAUUACCAAUUUUGCUCUAACAAUGAUGGUUUUGUUUUUUCUGCAAAAAAGACAGCCUGCUAUUGUUCCAACCUUAGAUCAACUAAAGGAGCUAGCUGAUAUGGAAGAUAAACAAAUAAUUGAAGGUUAUGACUGUACCUUUGUUAGUAACUUGAACAAAAUUAAGCCUACAGAAAACACAGAAACAUUGGAUGUGUUAUUGAGUGACUUCUUUGAAUAUUUUGGAAAUUUUGCUUUCAAUAAGUAUUCACUAAAUGUCCGGAAGGGGAAAGAGCAAAACAAGCCAGAAGCAUCUGCCCUGUAUAUACAGAAUCCCUUUGAACAGAGCCUUAAUAUCAGCAAGAAUGUAAAUGCAACACAGCUUGAAAGAUUUGUCAGCUUGGCCAGAGAGAGUGCUUGGCUUCUCCAGAAGGAAGGGGAAGGUCCUUCUUCAAGCCGUUCUCAGCCCUGGGGUCUGGCAGCACUUCUUCAAUCCUCAGGAAUAAGUAAUGCCAGCAAGGGUACAAAAAGGAAGAGGGGACCAGCCAGUGAAAGAAUUAAAUCCUUGUUGGACUCUUUAAAAAUUAACACCAACAUUGGGAAAAGGCCCUUUGGCACUCAGGUGUGGUAGCUGUUGCUGCAUCCUUGACACUUACAGGGGUGAUUGAUUGGCUCAGCAUCUCUCAAGUAGCCUGUUUUGUACAUGGUAUGAACUGGAGAACUAGUGCAACCUAAGAAUACUUAACUGGGGGUCAGGGUAUUAAUCUUUGCCUUUGCUCUGAUCCUGAUAGAAGACAUCCAGAUUCUUACUGGAUAAAUUUAUAUUGGAUACUGGGAAGAAAGGAAUGGACAGCAGACCUAAGAAGAGAGCAUCUAAGCUGAUCCCCAUUAACUAAGAGGAAUAAAAAUUGUACAGUAGUAUUCUCUGGGGCAGUCUUACAUCCACCAACAUGUCUGCACAGCAAAUUAUAUUAAUCAAGUACUUGUGCCCAAUUUUGUAACUGUUUCCUACAGCUAUCAAGGAUGCAAGGUGAAACAGAAUGAGCAAAAUAGAGAGGUUGCAAGUGGUGCUGUGAUCAUGGGACAUCUUGAUUUUUUACACUGUACAAGAAAUGAUUUCUGUAGGUUUUGAACAAGAACAAAUGUUGCAAAUGGCAUUUUCAUUGUUUCCUUCAUGCUUCAGUUGUUUGUUUUUUAAAAAACACCAACAGCACAGCAUUACCUGUUGAUUGUGUUGCUCCUAUUCUAGAUACUAUAAUUAUAAAAGAUUUGGGAAACUUCAUUUCUACCAUCUGAAUUACUGACACUCUCUAGAAUUUGUAUUAGCCUGGUUCAAAUGUUUCAUUGCAGGCCAUGUCACCUUUCUUUGCAUUAUAAGUAUUUUUUUAAUGAUGUGAUCCACAGAUUUGUUAUUUUCAAGUUCCCAACAUACAGCAAACAGAGUUCCUACACAUGAGAGUUCAGUAUUGUGAGCUGAGGAAAAUCCAGCGUUAUUAGGAUUUGAACCCCCAGCUUUAUAUGUCUGCUGGUAUAUGUGUUCAGAAAUGUCAUCGUUUUGUGUCUUGGGAUUUAUAUUUUUUGUAUGUGACUGCUGCACUUACAGUUUUUCAAAGUCGUGGUUUCUUCCAACCUUCCAUUACACGUCACUUCUAUUCCUUUCUUUUACUUUGGGGACCUGUCACUCUUGUCAUCGAAGUAGGUAACUGUGACAGGGCAAUUGAGAAAGCAGUCAUUUUUGCUAACAUGAAAUAAAUGAAUGGUGACUUGGCCUUUCAGACUCUGGUGAGCACCUUGUCUAAUGAAUGAUGGAACAUUCUUAAUAUGAAAUAAUGAGCAAAAUAGAUUUUCAAUCCCUCUUGAAAGCUAAGUAUUUAGUUUUUCUUAGAAUAUUUGAGUGUGCAUCUAUUUAUAUGUUGUCCUAAUGGUGACAUAUAUGGACAUAACGGGUUAACUCCCAUAUAUGUGCUUCUCAGAGAUAGGAUUUAAAACCUCCUUCCACAAGGCUCCUAUCUCAUUGUGCAACAACAGCAGAGGGAUGUCAGGUACAGGUCUGACACACUAGCCAUUAGUCAGCUAUGGAUAUGCAGCCAGGUUCAUUCCAUAUUCAAGGGAUCAAGGAGGAAGGAGCAGUCUCUGCCUUAUGAUUGAGUCAGUUAAUGGCCUGUGCCUAGCAGCCUCCCAUUGUUGUGCACUAAGAAUAUAGCUGACUGGAGGGAGCAUCAUCCACUGUCUCCCACAAACAUGAUGGCUCCACCAGUACAACGUAGAAUCUCAGCCAGUGUAUUCAACAUUUUCUGUUUCAGUCAUAUCAUUUCCUGGGUCUUUGAUUUGUUAUAUAAAUGCAGUACAGUAAUGUGAUCUUCAACUUACUUGCUGUAGAGGGCAGUGUACUGAAUGCAGAGCUGUCUUCCCUAACCUAAUUCAUUUCAGAUCUUUGGGAUUCCGUUUUGGAGUUAUGACUUAAGAACCAGUGAAUUCUUGGGACACAAUUUGCCAUUUCGGGGCAAUUGCUUUCUGUUAAUAUAUAUUUCCCCCCCCUCUCUCUCUUUUUCAAAGUUCAGUACCGGUAACUAAAAUAUUUUUUAUCUUUCUUUGAAAGGAACAUACUCCAGUUCUGGAUCAUUUCUGGUGUCCUUCGCUUUUCUAAUCCCUUUGAUAGCCUUUUUGCAACGGAACGGCCUGAACCACACACAGUACUGAAGUAUCAAGUUAUUUCAUGGUCCUUGUUUGUUUUAGUCCCUUUCCAGGCAGUUGAUAAGACAAAUGUUGCUGCCUUCAGAACUGUAGUAUGCUAAGGUAAUACUUCUAUUGAGCACCUCUCUAACUUUCUUAGCCACUAUUCAUUUCAGAUCCUGUCAGUCUACAAAUUAAGUUUCUCCCCAUGCUUGUGCAUCACUCUACACUUCACACUAAGCCUCUCUGGAUGCUUCUGGUGCCCUUCCUUAAUUUUUGAAGACAACUCUGAGCAAUCCUUUUUAUUUUCACCAUCCUGUAAGACAUGGUGGCAUCUUCAAAUUAGACCACCUCACUGUUAACCCCCAUUUUUUCAGGUCACUGAUAGAUUAAAUAGUGUCAUUCCCAGUAAAGAGUACAGUGGAAUCUAACUUCUGCUUCCCUUAUGUAAUAACUUGGGCUUUUUAAGUGCUAUCUUGAGAAGAAAGUUGGGCUAUAAAUGUAAUGACUUAAUUUUCACUCAGUACUUUAGUCUGCAGCAGCCUCCAAAUAGUCACAGUGUGUUGUCCACACAAGAUUCAUUCUUUUCCAGAUGUCUAAGAUUGGGCCACCAUCCUCCCAGAGAGAAAUGGAUCAGUUGGCCUUGCUAUGGUAUGGAUCAAGCCUAGCCUCUGCAAAUCUGUGGGGAUGCAACUGUUUGAAAUUACUGCUUCCACUAAAUUUAUUACCUGCAA